AUUACGUUUGGUUUAAAAACUGUUUUCUCGGAUUAAGUUUUUAUCCACCCGGUAAAAAUAAAUGUUUUGUUCUUCGUGUACAAUCGUUUAUUGAACUGUUAUCAAACACUGCUUGAGAAAUGCAAUCUGAAUUGAUAAGAAGAAAUGACCGGUCCUAGUGUAAUUAUAAUUGGAACUGGAGCAUCAGGAUUAGCAGUUGGAACAAAAUUAUAUGAGAAUGGAUUUAAAAAUAUUUUAUGGUUAGAAGCUAACAAUCGUAUUGGUGGACGAAUUUAUACGGAAAAUUUCGGUGAAAAUGUAAUUGAUUAUGGUGCCCAAUGGUGUCACGGAGAAAAGGAUAAUUGUGUUUAUAAAUUGGCACAACCAUACAAUUUAUUGGAAAGUUCCAAUUUUAAUUUUACUGAUCCACAACAAUUUCCAGAAUUUUUUACUGUAACUGGCUCAAAUUUACCACAUGAUGAUACGUUUAAAGUUCAUCUUGCCUUAUUUGAAAUUAUGCAUACUAGUGAGAAUGAAAUGAUUAAUUUUAAGGAUUCUUUAGGGCAUUUUGUAGAUAUUAAGUUUCAAGAAAAAUUAAAAAGUGAUUUAAUUGGAAUUGAUAAAAAUAUUUCGAAAUACGUUUACGACUGGUUUCAUAAAGUAGAGAAUUCAUUAGAAGCCUCCGAUACUUGGUAUCAAACUUCGGCUAGAGGUUUAACCGAAUAUUGGGAAUGUGAAGGUGAUUUAUUAUUAAAUUGGAAAACACGAGGAUAUCGAACGAUUUUAGAUUUACUUAUGAAAAAGUAUCCAGAUCCAACGAAAGCAUUACCAUUGGAUGAUAAAAUACUUUUGAAUAAAGAAGUUACUAAUAUUGUUUGGAAUACGGAUUCAAAUCAAAAUGGUGUGAAAGUGAAAUGUACUGAUGGAUCCGAGUACAAAGCGGAUCAUGUAAUUGUUACAGUAUCGUUAGGUGUUUUAAAAGAACGAAUUAAUUCGUUAUUUAAACCAGAAUUACCCCUCACUAAAUUACGUGCGAUUCGUGGUUUAAAUAUUGGCACUGUAAAUAAAUUAAUAUUUGAGUUUCCACAUCGAUGGUGGCCAGAAAAUCAUACUGGAUUCAGUUUUGUAUGGAACGGAGAUGAAGUGAAAGAGACACUUAAAGAAUUUGAUGGAUCUUUAGAUGAUAAUACUUGGUUGGGUGAUGUUUUUGGAUUUUAUCCAAUAAAUCAUCAACCAAAUGUACUUUUAGGAUGGGUGGUUUCAUCGGGUGCACGGAAAAUGGAAGAAAUUCCUGAAGAUGAAGUUAAAACGAAAUUAAUACAACUGUUAAGAAAGUUUUUAGGGAAAAAAUUUAACAUUCCAGAACCGGUGGCCUUUACACGAUCGAAAUGGUACACAAAUCCGUAUUUUCGUGGAUCAUAUACAUUUCGAAGUAUGGCUACAGAAAAAUUAAAUACAUCUGCUGCAGAUUUAGCGCAACCGCUCAAAAAUUCAACCGGUAAAGAGGUUGUAUUAUUUGCUGGUGAAGCAACCCAUAGUCAUUAUUAUUCCACAGUUCAUGGUGCUAUUGAAACUGGUUGGCGCGAGGCUGAUCGACUUUUGAAACUUUACAUGGCCGGCCUUAAUGAAAUUACCAGCAAGAUAUAAAAAUCAUCUUCAAAUCCUAAUUAUGUUACCAUAGAAAUGAUUUUUAUGCGUAUACGCCAAUGCCGGCUCUGUGCUUCCUGUGUUUUAAAUUUUUUUUAUUUCGAAAAUGUUUUUUUAUGUUUCUAGUAUUGGAAAUAAGUAUAUUAAACUCCUAUUAAAAAGAAAAUUGUAAAUAAGAUAUUUUUGAAGAUUUUCUUUUAAGAAUGCAUGCUAUUGUAUGAUUUUAUAUAUCAGAAAAGGAAAAGAAAGAAUAGAUUUUAAUUUUUCUAGAUCUAAGAC